UGUACAGGUAGUUUCCUGGGGUACAGCGAGGCAUAGACACGGCAAGGGGCACAGGGAUUCCCCCUAUACUAAGUGCACCGGGGCAUGGAGCAAUACAAGGUGCUGGGAGAAUGGAAGUCGGGUGUUAUUGGCCAAACUUGCAUUGUGGAGGAGUCACAAGGAGAAAAAAGGAGGUUUGCACUGAAAAAGGUGGAAUGCAUAGAUGAGCGACACGCAAACCUAGUGUUAAACCAGGCCAUGGAACUGCUGAAACUUCAGCACCACAAUGUAUGCACAUACAAGGAAUUCUUCAUGAUAUGGGACAAUAAGAUUUCAUCACUUUUUUUCUGCCAAGCUAUGGAGCUCUGUGACCAGGGCAGUCUCUCUGACAUUAUACAUCGGAACAGACAGCUGAAGGAAGAAAUAGAUGAGGAAAUAAUACAGAAGUUUCUUGCGCAAACUAUCGAUGCCCUGGUGUAUAUUCACAAGAACAAAAUCAUACACAGGAACCUCAAGCCCAAUAAUAUCCUUUUAAAAGAUGCCACAUUUCUGAUGAGUGAUUUUGCUGUAGAGAAGCUGAUGACUGAUGAGAUGAAAAUAAAGACAAGAUUAGAUGCAGGAUGCACAUUAUGGAUGGCGCCAGAAUCACUGCGCUGUUUUUACAGCAUUAAAUCGGAUGUCUGGUCUCUAGGGUGCAUAUUGCUGGACAUGAUGACCUGCUCAUCACAUACUGACGCAGAACUAGCUGUCCUACUGCAGCUGAUCAGGGAAGAUCGCCCACACCUAGAAAGAGUUGUGACAUCACUUGGCGUUGGUUACUCUGCAGACCUGUCCCAAGCUCUCCUGUGUAUGCUACAAAUAAACCCAGAAGACAGAGCUUCAGUAUAUGAAUUGAUAAAUACGCCUUAUGUCAAGAGAUGCUUAUUACUGAUUGGAUCUCCGCUGCUUGGCCUGAAAAAAUCAUUACCCUGUGGAGCAGUUGAUGAGCUGAAUGAAGGGGGAGUACACAAUACGAUAGAAUUUAUGAAGAAAUAUGCUGAUUUUGAAGAUGCGCAAAUAUCAGCAAUACAGCACUUGUCUAAGCAUAUUGCGCAACAAGAUGGUUUAUUGGAUAUGGACCAAAUAACACAACUUGUGGUUCAGGCUAUGAAAUUACACAGUGAUUCUCUGGAUAUACAACUGGAAGGCGGCAAACUUAUCCAAUAUUUUGUGUCCCAUGCUAUAGGACACGAGCAGCAGUCAGAGUGUUUCACAAACAAUGAGCUAAUGAACAUUCUUGUGCAAGACAUACGAUCAUUCCAUCACAACUCUGAGAUGUUGACAGUGGCCUUCAAGUUAAUGAUGAUGUUAUCAGCCAAUGAUACGGCCGCUGGACUCUUGGGGAAGACUGGCGUACUCCAGGAUAUUGUGAGAAUCAUGGCGCACUCCAUAGAUAACAGAGAGCUGUGUGUGUCCUGCUGCGGACUGCUGUGGGGUGUGGGCAUGGCUGAGGAACAUUCCGGAGCUGUGUGGUUGAAACAUGCCGUACCUAUAAUCUUCACUUUAAUCCGCAAAUACCUCAGCGAUGGACAGCUAGUGGAAUCAGCGUGUUCCUGCCUCUGGAUACUGUGCCUGAAAGGGUGUGUGGAGGAGAAGCAAAUUGAAUCAGUAAUUUGGGUUCUUCUGGAUUCUCUCCAAUCUCAUCCAGAUGGGCAAAUUCUGGUUAAAAAUGCCUGUCUGGCCCUAAGCAGCCUAAUCAGAGCGUCAGAGUUGGCAGCAUUUCGGCUUCUGGUGCCAGUGGAUGAGAAGAGCGGCCUUUCUAUAGUUAAAGAUCUCUGUGUGCUGCACUCUGAUGACCCUGAGGUUGUGGAGAACAUCUGUCUGCUGUUUAAUGAAAUGGCUCAUUAUGAGGACUGCAGAGCAGAGAUGCUGUUGCAACACUUGGAGCUGUUCUUGCAGGAUAUCAAAGACAAAUAUGCAUCUACAGAGGAGAUAGUUACGCUUGUACAAGACACACUUUCUAAACUGGAAAAAUAAGGGAUUUCGGUUUCACCAUCUGUUGGCUGAGAAGACGGUUUCGAUACAUUCCAGGGUCAGAUGAGAAAUUAUUAGAACCAGCAAAAGUUUUAUAAUGAAUAAACCAAACACAAGAUGGUGAUAUACAUAUGUUACACAAUCCUCUGGUGAAGAUUUCACCCUUGAUCAGACGUGUUAGCAGAUAUACAGAAGCACUGAAAUACAAGUAUUUGUAUACUCUAUGAACUACCGUAUGAACGUAUAGACUGUGUAGCUGUAUAGUAUUGAAUGAAGCACAAUAGUGACCUGAUUUUAUAUUCCAUGUGCGCAAUAUACCUCAUACAUUUAAGGUUAAUUCUAGUGAGUUAUAUACACUUGUACUAACAGCAACUCAUUUUCAAUAAAUUACUGCACUGUA